AUGUUGUGUAUGAAGAACUGCUCCUGUACAGCUUAUGCAAAUUCCAAUAUCAGGGAAGGAAGAAGUGGGUGCUUGCUGUGGUUAGGUGAUCUGAUUGACGUAAGAAAUUUAACUAAGAAAGAGAAUGGGCAAGAUAUCCAUAUAAGAUUAGCUGCAUCAGAGCAAGAUAAUGAAGAGACUAGUACCAGAAUCAAUGCUAAACCUGCUAAAUCCAAUGUGAAGAAAGGUAUGAUGGAAGAUGGACGAGAAAUAGCAGUGAAAAGGCUCGCAAGACACUCUAUGCAAGGAAUUAAUGAGUUCAAAAAUGAGGUUGUACAUAUUGCCAAACUUCAGCACAGGAAUCUAGCGAAGCUUCUAAGGUGCUGCUUUCAACAAGAUGAAAUGAUACUGAUCUACAAAUGCAUUCCCAACAAAAGUGGUUACGUGUCCCCAGAAUACACAAUUGAUGGGUUCUACUCGAUAAAAUCCAAUGUCUACAGCUAUGGAGUUUUGGUGUUAGAGAUAGAGAGUGGGAAGAGAAACCGAGGAUUCUCACAUCCAGGCCACAAUCGCAACCUUUUUGGACAUGUGAGCUACAACUGUCAACUUGAAAGAAAUGUAUUGCUGCUUGAUUCUUCUUCUUCUUCUAUAUAUUCAGUAAAAGUGAAUGUUUUCUUCUUUCAAGCAUGGAAGCUGUUCAUAGAAGGCAUGUCCAUCGAACUUCUUGAUCCAUCGGUAGAGGACUCUAUCACUCUACAUGAAGUUGUGCGACCGAUUCAUGUAGGUCUUUUAUGUGUGCAACAAAAACCACAAGAUAGGCCGAGUAUGCCAGCUGCUGUUCUAAUAUUGAGUGGUGAAGGUGCAUUGCCUCAACCUCAGAAGCCUGGAAUUUGA